AUGAAAUAUCCUCCAAAUGAGCGAGAUGCAGUCAGGAGAGCAUAUAUUCUUAAAAAGCCUUGUCAGCCAAGAUCUCAUAAAUUUCCUAGAAAAAAUAUUGGAGGUUCACGUCGAUUUAUGCCUUAUUGGGGGGAUGCAUUGGUGAACAAAGGAUUUAAGUCGUGGAAUAAGCCGGACAGAUUUUUAAAGCAUAUUGGUGGAGUAAAAAGUGCUCACAAUCUUGCUUAUGAGAAAUAUGUGAACUUAAGAGACGGCAAAAAAAAGUCUAUUCUUGUUUCUCUAGAUAAUGCCACCGAGGUGACUAUAAGAGAGUUUGACAUUUGUUUGAAGGCUUCAAUUUCAUGUUUGCGUUAUCUACUGCGACAAGGUUUGGGCUUUCGUGGACAUAGAGAAAAUAGUGAAUCCCUUAACAGAGGAAAUUUCCUUAAACUUCUGAAAUGGUUAAGGACACACAAUGAAGUUGUUUCAAAGGUGACUUUGGAAAAUGCUCCCGAAAAUUGUCAAUUGAUAUCUCCAACUAUUCAAAAGGAUAUUAUCAAUUGUUGUGCUAAAGAAACAACUAAGCAAAUUGUGGAUGAACUAGGUGUUGACUAUUUUGCUAUAUUAGCCGAUGAAUCAAAUGAUGUGUCCCAAAAGGAACAAUUAUCUCUUUGCCUACGCUAUGUUCAAAGAAAAACGGGACUAGUAGUGGAACGAUUCAUUGGUCUUGAUCAUGUUGGUGAUACCACAGCUUUGUCUCUUAGAAGUGCAAUUAUAUCAUUGUUUAUGGAACAUUCAUUGAGUCCAUCUAAGAUUCGAGGACAAGGAUAUGAUGGGGCUAGUAACAUGAAGGGUGAGAUACACGGACUGAAGACUUUGAUUAUGGAAGAUACUCCAAGUGCUUACUACAUCCACUGCUUCGCCCACCAACUUCAACUGACUCUAGUAGCCAUUGCCAAAAAGAACGAUGAAUGUGCUUGGCUUUUUGAUACGGUUGCAAUGUUGUUGAAUGUUGUUGGAGUUUCUUGCAAGAGAAGGGAAUUGAUUCACGAAAUUCAAGCACAAAAACUUGCUCAAGCGUUGGAAGUUGACGAACUUGAAACAGGGUUUGGGUUAAAUCAAGAACUUGGUUUGAAGAAGCCCGGAGACACUCGUUGGAGUUCUCACUACAAAACUCUUUUGAAUGUUAUGGACCUAUUUUCUACAAUUUUUAAGGUUCUUAUGAUUAUUGGGAAGGAUGGCUCUAAAUCGGAGGAUAAGUGCAAAGCUCAGGAUUUAGAAGCCUGUUAUAUGCCUCAUGGAAGAUCAAAACGUUUUGUUCAACAAGUUACAUAUCGUCAUCAUUUUCGAAUUGAUGUGUUUAUAGAGAUAAUUGAUUUAUUACUUCAAGAAUUUGAUAAUCGAUUUGAUGAAGUCAAUAUGGAGUUGAUCAGAUGCAUGGCUUGCUUCAAUCCUAGAGAUGGCUUUUCUUCUUUUGACAAAGAAAGUGUACUCAAACUUGCAACUUUUUAUCCUUCCGAUCUUUCAAGCAUUGAUUUGAGGACUCUUGAGUGUCAACUUGAUAUAUUCAUGGAAGAUAUGAAAAGAGAUAAUGACUUUCAGAAUUUGCAAGAUAUUAGUUCUCUUUCAAUGAAACUUGUUGAAACAAAGAGGGAUGUGGCUUAUCCCCUUGUCUUUUUGAUUAUCAAGUUGAUUUUGAUUCUUCCGGUCGCUACUGCAAGUGUAGAGAGAGUAUUUUCGGGAAUGACAUUUGUGAAGAAUAAGUUACGAAAUAGAAUUGGUGAUCAACCUUUGAAUGAUUGUUUGGUGACUUUCAUUGAGAAAGAAAUGUUCCUACAAGUCUCUGAUGAUGAUAUCGUCCAUCGCUUUGAAGAAAUGAAGACUCGUAGAAAAAUAAAUUAA